AUUUUUGAGGCUUCUCUCUCUCUCUGCCGUACCAGAAGUGGGUGUGGUUAGGUAUCCCUGUGGAUGAACAGUGCAGACUUUCGCAACACAACACGGAAACAUGAAGCGAAGAUCCCUAUGAUUUUGCUCCGAUUUCUCCUUCAAUCUUCAAACUUGACGCUCACACAGCUGUUUUGGAUUCCCUUUUCCCCAAAAUAAAGUGAAGUGUAAUUUUCUGUUUUCUGGUUUCAAAGAAAGGAAUCUCUGUCUGAUUGGGAUUAUACGGUUGGAAUUGGGGAAAGGGAAAAAGAGGGGGUUGUUAUGGAAGGGGAUGAAGACCAAUUCUAUGAUACCCGUGAGGAUUUAUGUUCUGGUUCUGAUGGUUGUUCUAGUUUAUCAGAAUCAGAUGAAUCUAGUUCUUGGGAUGGACAUUUUACUAGGUUCCCGGAUUGGACAAACAACCACCACCUUGAAAGUGUUCACCAGAGACGGCUCAAUUUCCUAAGAUGGGUGGGUUUAGAAUCUGAUUGUGAUGUGAAUUCAGUCAUGGGAAAGGACGACUUGGCUGAUCCAUCCUCUCGUGGAGUUGACCGAGUCACGGCCACCAGUGGGGCUGUGCUAAGAACUUCUGGUUUUGCAGAGAGUGCUCUUGCCUCUACCUCAAACCAGAUUGUAUUGGAUUCUUUGUCCAGUGCGAAUUUGAGCUCACUAGAAAAUUCCGGGGGUGAUGAGAAUUUGGCAUGUAUGAUAAAGAAUUUGGAUGAUGGGACACAGUACAUUAUGGAUAAAUUGGAUCAAGAUGGAACACCUAAUACACUGCGUGUUGUCGGGUCUAACCAAUUGAUUAGCUUGGAAGAGUUUCACAGAAAUAUUGGGCAGUCACCUUUGGUUCGGAGAUAUUUGCAGAGGGAGGCUGAGAACUCAAGAUUUUUGGCUGCUAGAAAAAAGAGAGCGAAGAGGGGUUGGCUAAGGAAGUUGGGUGUUGUGGCUUGUGUUGUUCAUGAUCACGGGCUUCAUGAAAUGAAGAACAAAGACUUUGAUUCCUCAGAUGUAACUGGGAUCCAAAGAGUUCGAGUUCAUACACACGGGAAGCGAUUUAAGGAGCUCUCCUCUGUUUACACUGAGCAGGAGUUUAAAGCACAUAAGGGUAUUAUUUUGACAAUGAAGUUCAGCCUUGAUGGAAAAUAUUUGGCUAGCGGUGGUGAAGAUGGCGUUGUACGUGUGUGGAAGGUGGUUGAGGAUGAAAGAUCGAGUGAACUGCACAUUUUGGACAAUGAUCCCUCAAGUAUAUACUUCAAAAUGAACACUUAUUCAUUUGUAACUCCCCUUGAUGUAGAUAAAGAAAAAUUAGUUACAACAGAGAAGUUGAGGAGAUCAUCUGAUUCAACCUGUGUGAUUAUCCCACCAAAGACCUUCCGAAUAUCAGGGAAACCUCUGCACGAGUUCCAUGGCCACAGUGGUGACAUUUUAGACCUUGCAUGGUCGAAGAGAGGGUUGCUACUGUCAUCCUCUGUUGAUAAGACAGUCCGCCUAUGGCAAGUUGGAACAGACAGCUGCCUCGGUGUUUUUUCCCACAAUAAUUAUGUUACAUGUGUGCAUUUCAAUCCCAUAAAUGACAACAUCUUCAUCAGUGGUUCGAUUGAUGGUAAAGUGCGUAUCUGGGAAGUUCUUCGUUGCCGGGUUAUUGAUUACAUUGAUAUCAGAGAGAUAGUCACUGCUGUGUGCUUCCGCCCUGAUGGAAAGGGCACAAUUAUGGGUACUAUGGCAGGCAAUUGCCGUUUCUAUGAUAUAAUAGAUGAUCAUAUGCAAUUGAAUGCUCAAUUAAACUUAUGGGGCAAAAAGAAGACAGCAGGAAAGAGGAUUACUGGCUUUCAGUUUUCGCCAAUCGACACAAGCCAAUUGUUGGUUGCUUCUGCUGAUUCACACGUCUGUAUACUUUCCGGAGUUGAUGUCAUCUACAAAUUUAAGGGCCUAAAAAGUGCUGGUCAGAUGCAUGCUUCCUUCACAUUGGACGGGAAACACAUUGUUUCAGUAAGUGAGGAUUCAAAUGUGUGUGUCUGGAAUUACAAUGGCCAUGACAGGAAUACUUCCAAGGCGAAGAAGGUUUGGUCUUCCGAGUGUUUUCUGUCCCACAACGCAGCAAUUGCCAUACCUUGGUGCGGCAUGGAACAAAUGCCAGGAACACUCUUGUCCCCGUCAUUGAGGGACGAUUUCAAUCACAAGUCAUUCCUCUCUUCCCCGGAUUGCUUCUUCUUGGGCCGUGGAUUUUUGUCAGAGUUAGUCCCAAAGGUUUCUCCAACUUGGCCCGAGGAGGCACUCGCGGAUCCGUGCCAAACCAUAGUGUCGCCUAAGAUGUACAAAUCCGAGUACAAGUUCUUGAGAAGUGCUUGCAAGGGAAUGUCGAAUUCUCACAUGUGGGGCCAAGUAAUUGUAACAGCAGGAUGGGAUGGACACAUAAGGGUGUACCAGAACUAUGGCCUACCAAUUCGUGUUUGAAGCCAAAAAAGAACCAAUGCUUUGGUUCAUGGUCAUGGUGCAUUCUAAAGUUGGUAAGCUUCUGCUUUGCUACAAAACGGUUCUCGGAUUCAAAGGAAUUUGGUGCAUUGCAAAGCUCAAUCGUUUGCAAGUGUAAUAAUAGCUGCCAGGGCAAUUCUUCUGUAUGAAUGCCACAUGCAUAGGUGUGACUAUGGUUGUUGCCCUCACAUAAAAUAUUCUUUAUACUGAGUCAUAAGUGUUGGUUAUAUGAUUCUUUUAAUUUUUAAGGGCCCUCAACUGAAAAGAUGUGAAGUAGUUUCAUUUUUCUUUUGCCGAUGGUCCUGGUCGAUAAUUCAAAUGUAAUUCACCAUCAUGAGGUGUAUAGUGUAUACAGAAACACAAAGAUUACACUCGGUUUUAAAUUAUACAAGAAAUUUUUGUUUGCA